AGAUUCUGAGCGCCAGUUUCAAUGGCUGCAACUCUCACCUCAUAUUCAUUCGUUCUAACCUCCUCACCCAAUUCAAAAGCAACAACAACCCGCAGAAACCCCGGAAAGUUCACCGUCCUUGCCAACAAGGCUGGACCCUUCUCUGCAUUUCGGCUUGGCAAGUCAUCAGGGGACGUUGGUUCGUCAUCCUCCGACGAAGGCGAAGCCGGUGACUCCAAUUCAAGUCCAUUCAGGUUGAAUUUCGGGAAAUUACCCGACGUCAAGUCUUUGAUCCCUGUUGUGAGCAGGCCUUCUUUAUCAUUUGGUCCCUCCAGAAGCAAGGACCCUGGGACCGUGUUUGUUGCUGGUGCAACCGGGCAGGCUGGGGUUCGAAUAGCGCAGACCCUUCUGCGUGAGGGUUUUAGCGUGAGGGCUGGUGUGCCUGAACUAGGUGAUGCGCAAGAAUUGGCUCGUGUUGCUUCUAAAUACAAGAUCCUAUCAAAUGAGGAAUCAAAACGCCUCAAUGCUGUGGAAUCUGCCUUCCAAGAUGCUGAAACUAUCGCCAAAGCCAUCGGAAAUGCCAGCAAAGUUGUUGUCACAAUUGGCCCCUCCGAGAAUGGUCCAACGACUGAAGUCACACCAUCAGACGCCUUGCAAGUAAUCCAAGCUGCACAACUCGCCGGUGUCGGGCAUGUGGCAAUUGUCUAUGACGGGAACACAGCUGGUGCAUCGACUUACAAUGUGCUAGAUGGCAUAUCUUCAUUUUUUAGCAACAUCUUCUCGCGAUCUCAGCUGUUGAGCAUCCCUGAACUGUUGCAAAAGGUCAUUGAAACAGAUGUCAGCUACACUUUCAUAAAGACAAGUCUGACGGAUGAUUUUUCUCCCGAGAGCUCGUACAAUGUUGUUGUGUCAGCUGAAGGAAACGGAGGCGUUAACGACUACAAAGUAGCCAAGUCUCAGAUUGCUUCCUUGGUGGCAGAUGUUUUCUCAAACACUUCUGUGGCAGAAAAUAAGGUUGUGGAGGUAUAUACCGAUCCAUCAGCACCUUUGAGGCCUGUAGAUCAACUUUUCAGUACAAUCCCUGAGGACGGAAGAAGGAAAGCUUAUGCAGAAGCGAUUGCAAAAGCAAAGGCAGAAGAAGAGGCAAUAAUAGCUGCUGAUAAAGCUCGUGAAGCAGCCGAGGCAACAAAGAUACUCCAAGAAGAAGUAAAGAAGCUAUCCGAACAAGAAGCUCAAGCCUCAAAUUUAGCAGAAGAAGCUCAAGUGAAGGCUGAGGCUGCAGGGGCCUCAUUUGAUGGCCUCGUUAGCAAAGCAAAAGACUUCGGCUCAGGGCUGUCUUGGGAUAAGUUUAGCUCACAACUUUCCGAGACAGUUGCAAAAUCCAUGGACACCCCAAAAGUUCAGAUUGCUACUGUAAGGGGACAGGCCAAGGCUAAGACACUGCCUCCGCAGAAAGCAGUUGCUAAGAAAGUUGCAGCUCCGAAACCAAAGGAGUCAUCAAAGCCUAAAUCCAAACAAACAGAGGCGAAGAAAGAAGUGAGGAAGGUAUUUGGUGGAUUGUUUACACAAGAGACUGUGUAUGUUGAUGAUGAUUGAAGAAUGACUAUCAAAGUAUUAUUUGUGCUUUUUGUUGUUAUUAAGGGAUGGUUGUUUGAGUUCUACCAAGUAAUAAUAUUAUGCACUGAUUCAAGUC